AUGGCCGACGCAGCUACACCGCCACAGCGCGGCCAGAGGACAAUUAUCCUCUUCGGGGACGCGACGGACUCCUGGGUAGACGGAAUCGAUCAGCUCUACAGCGAGGCUGUGUCCACGCCAUGGCUGAGGCAUUUCCUGGACCAAAUGACCAAUGUCGUCGCCACGGAAGCCAGGGCCACCACAAUGGACCGUUCGCUGCAGGACAGCCUGGGGUACUUCUCCAGCCUCCAGGAGCUGGGCGACAGGUACCGCCACAGCUCGGACGACUUCGGCCUGGUGCAAGCCAUCCUGCUACACGCCGCCCGGGCGGGCCUGGUUGGCCUGUCGGGCGGGCUGCUCAGUGCUGCCGCCCUCGCCGUCGCCGACAGCUUCGAGGCACUUUGCGACGCGUGCCUGGAAGCGGCCCGGUUCAUCUUCAGAGUCGCCAAGUUCGCGUCGGUGAAGUCCAGGGCCAUGGAGGAACAGCCUGGCACCUGGGGGUGGGCGGUGCUGGGCAUGGCGCCGGGCGAUCUGCACGAGGCCUUGGAACAAUUUCAACGAGCCAACGGGAUAUCCUCCAAGAAGGCAAAAGUUGGUGUCGUCGGAAACGGCUGGGCUACAGUCAUUGGGCCUCCGUCAGUGCUGCAGCUGGUCCUCCAUCAGUGUUCGGCUAUCAAGGGUCUUGCGAAGAACCCUCUGGAAAUCAAGGCGGCUCAACACACUCUCGACAUCUCAACCGCAGAACGGGACUCGAUGGUUGGGAGUGAUCCAGCCACCCUGCACAGGCAGCCCAGCGGGCAAAAUCAUCAACUCUGGGGCAUGGAUGACCCGGCAGCCGUAUACGCCAACUGGGGUGAGAUGCUCAAAGAUAUCUGCAUGCAAGUCUUGAGCCGCCCCCUGGACAUCACCAAGGUUGUAGACGGCCUCAAAUCCAAGCUUGAUGGCGUUGGUUCGGUGCGGAUCCUCCAGCCAGGCACCGUAUGCAGCCACACGCUCUACGUGGCAAACAUGUUGAAGAAAUCGGGGAUAGACGUGGCGAUCCCCAGCCAGACCUCGUUCCUUGGGGCAGAUGGUGCUCCUGCAACAGGCAUCAAGCCAGGCCGCAUCGCCAUUGUGGGUAUGUCCGGGCGCGGUCCCGGAAGCGACAACGUCGAGGAGUUCUGGGACCUCAUCAUGUCGAAAAAGGAUCUCUGCUCCGAGAUCCCCAAAGACCGAUUCGAUAUUGAUGAAUAUUUCUGCCCGGCCCACGAGCGUGGUGAUGAGCGGUGCAAGAUGAAGAUCAGAUACGGCUGUUUCAUGGACAACCCGGGCCACUUUGACUCCCGCUUCUUUCACAUCUCGCCUAGGGAAGCACUUCUGAUGGACCCCAACCACCGGCAAUUCUUGACAAGCACUUAUGAGGCGCUCGAGUCUGCAGGCUACGCAGAUGGAAAGACCACGGCAGUUGAUCCCAAUCGCAUUGGUGCCUUUUUUGCGCAGGCUACCGACGACUGGCACAAGCAGACUCAUCCCACACUCAGAUCCUUUGGCUCUGGACGGCUUGCUUGGCAGUUCAAGUGGGAGGGCCCUACUUACGCACUCGAUUCUGCAUGCGCAGGCACCACGUCCUCCAUUCACCUGGCGUGCUUGAGCCUGCUGGAAAAGGAUAUCGACAUGGCAGUCACGGGCGCGGCCAAUAUCCUCAGCUGGCCCCACUCCUUUACCUGUCUGGACGACUCGGGGAUCUUAUCCCCUACGGGUAACUACAAGACAUUCCGCGAUGAUGCCGAUGGUUACUGUCGCGGAGACUUUGUUGGCGCUGUGGUGCUCAAACGGCUUGAGGAUGCCGUGGCUCAGAACGACAACAUCCUCGCCGUGAUAGCUGCGUCGGGGAGGAACCACUCGGGCAACUCCACCUCUAUCACCACCUCGGACGCCGCAGCUCAGGAGCGGCUGUUUCGGAAGGUCAUGCUCAAAGCACAGGUCUCCCCCGACGACAUCUCGUAUGUUGAGAUGCACGGAACCGGCACCCAGACCGGCGACCCGGCCGAGAUGGGCGCUGUCGCGAAUACCUUCAAGCACAGGAGCCGCACCGAGGGUCCGCUGCCCGUGGGGGGCAUCAAGGCAAACUUUGGCCACAGCGAAGCGGCGGCCGGCCUGGCAGAGCUGCUCAAGAGCAUCAAGAUGUUCCAGACAGGCAUCAUCCCCCCACAGGCGGGUAUGCCCCAUGCUCUCAACCCCAAGUUCCCAGACCUUUCAGACAUCAACGUCGAGAUCCCCUCGGAGCAGAAGCCUUUUGAGAAGAAGUCCGGCAAGCCGAGGCGCAUCCUACUCAAUAAUUUUGACGCAGCAGGAGGCAACGCAUGUAUGCUGCUUGAAGAGUAUGUCCCGGCUGGUGACGAGGAUCAAGUCACAGAUCCCCGGUCGAGCCAUGUUGUCACCACCUCGGCCAGGACUAAAGCUGCUUAUCAUGCAAACAAGGCCAAGCUGGCCAAGUGGCUCAGAGGAAACCCGUCUACUAGAUUGGAGGAUAUUGCCUACACCACGACGGCAAGGAGGAUGCACCACCCCUUCCGCUUCGCUUGCGCCGCGACGUCAAUUGCAGAACUGAUCACCAAGCUUGAAGCCCCAGACUCGACAUCCUCAGCGUCGCCACCGACGCAGCCGAUUGUUUUUGCCUACACUGGACAAGGUUCUCAUUAUGCCGGCAUGGGCGCAGAACUAUACCGCACGAGCCCAGUAUUCCGUGAGACUGUCGAGAUGUGCGCGUCCCUCUGUUCCGGCCACGGCUUCCCUGCGUUCAACACGGUGCAGGUCCAGCUAGCCACCAUCACGGUCGAGCUGGCACUCACUGCCUUCUGGAGAUCGGCUGGGCUCGAGCCUUCUCUGGUCAUAGGCCACAGCCUCGGGGAAUACGCCGCCCUGCAUGCCGCCGGCGUCCUGUCUAUGGCUGAUACUCUAUACCUCGUGGGCUCCCGUGCUAUCAUGCUUCUCGAGCGUUGCGAGCCGGGGUCCUGCUCCAUGCUUUCGGUGACAGCAUCGGCAGAGAUCGUACGAAAGUGCCUGGCAAAACUCCCACCGUCUUCCUGCGAGGUGGCGUGCAUUAACACCCCCACUGCCACCGUUGUAAGCGGGACUACUGAAGACUUGGCUCCGUUCCAGGCAGAGAUAACCACGCAGGAUCUACCAGGAAAAGUUCGUGCGAGGCAACUCAACCUCCCUUUUGCAUUCCACUCGCUCCAGAUGGAUUCGCUGCUAGAUGAUUACGCCACUCUAGCAGCCGGUGUUACCUUUGCGGCACCAAGGAUCCCUGUGGCUUCAACGUUGCUUGGAUCCAUUGUCAGGGAGCCGGGCAUCUUCAACCCAGAGUAUCUCGCCCAGCAGAUGCGUCGGCCUGUCAACUUUGUCGGCGGGCUACACGCCAUACAGUCCGAGCUCCAGAACCCAGUCUGGCUUGAGAUUGGGCCGGCUCCCGUCUGCGCAUCUUUUGUCCUCUCUACUCUCUCACCGUCAUCUGCGGUCAUGCACAGCAUCGAUGCCAACACCAGCAACUGGACAACCAUUUCCAACAGCCUCUCCAAUGCGUACAGGGCUGGUAUCGAUAUCGACUGGCUCUUACUGCAUAAGCCGUUCGAGCGCGGUCUCAGACUUGUAGCCUUGCCUACUUACUCAUGGGAUAUGAAAGACUACUGGGUCACCUACACGGACAAGGGAAAGGAAGCCCCGGCAACCCUCCAAGCCGCAACAAAGUCGGCCCCAGCCGAGCCAUAUCUCGCCACCUGUGCACAGUACCUGGUCAACAAGUCGUCCUCUCCCAAGAUCGAGGUUACCUUCCGGGCGGUCAUUUCCGACCCAAACUUCCUGACGCUCAUUGACAGCCACAAGAUGCAACAGAUCGGGCUGGCCUCCGGGAGCGUCUUCUGCGAUGCGGCCUUGUCUGCGGCCAAGUACGCCCUCGAGUACAGCGGCCGGAAAGGCAUAGGAGCGCGCAGCCUGUCCCUCCAUGACCCGGUGCUCCUGGCGCCCCUGACAAGAAAACUGGUCGGGCUGGACGGGGAGCUGCACACGACUGCUGUCAUGGAUGGGCCGUCCGCGGAGCUGGUGCUAGUUUCCUUCAAGGCUGUGUCGCCACAUGCGCCGGCGACGGACCUCGGCACGAUGACAGUCCGGGUCAGAGAUACCGAGAAGCUGCAGUCCGAGUGGGACAGGGUGUCCUACUUUAUCAGGGAGAAAAUGGAUGCCAGGAUAAGGAGUUCUCAAGAGGGUGCGGACCACAGGCUCCAGCCUGAAGUCCUAUACGCGCUCUUCGCCAGGAAUGUCGAGUUCGGGCCCUCGUUCAAGAGGAUCCAAGAGGCCUACGUUGCCCGCGACUACCAGGAGGCCGCCGCGGCCGUCGUGCUCGAGGACGACCCCAACGGGAGCCUCUUUACGUUCUCGCCGUACUGGGGUGAGGCCCUGGCGCACCUGGCCGGGUUCAUGGUGAACGGGAACCCCCAGAGUGAUCCUCGGACGACGUUCAUCGUCAUGGGCUUCGACGGCGUCGAGCAGACUGUCGAUUUCGAGGCCGGGAGAAAAUACAUGGUCUACACGCGCAUCAACAACUGGAAAGACAACACGGCGUAUUGCGAUGCCUACGUCUUCGACUCCGAGUCAUCCAAGAUGGUUAUGCAGUGCUCCAACCUGAGGUACCAGGAGCUGCCCAGGGUGGUGUGGAAGAAUGUGCUCGAGGGAGGCCACUCGGGAUCCUCGCACACGACCAGCGCUCCGUUGAGGGCCACUGCCAAGCAGCCCGUGAAGAAGACCAAGGAGGACGCCGCCGCGGAGACAGCAGCGCAGGUCAAAGAGGCGGUGGUGGAGUCGACGCAGCACGCCGAUGAGCAACCAGGCAACCAGGUCCUCGAGACCAUACUGGACAGCAUCCUCAAGGCAACAGGCGGCGACGCGUCUGACCUCACUCCCGACACCAUGGUAGCCGACCUGGGAGUAGACUCCAUCAUGGCCAUCGAGAUCGUCUCGGCCGUCCGGGACAAGACGGGUGUCGACAUACCCGUCCAAUUCGCCUUCCAGUAUCCCACAGUCGGCGACCUGCGCCGCGAGUUCGGAGACGCCCCUGCGGCCUCCCAGGACACCAAGCCCCUUUCGAGGCGCAACUCGUCCAGCAGUGAAGAGUCCGCGUCCAAGAGGGUUUCUACUGGGCCUGCCACCCCUGCGGAGUCGCUAUCCUCCGAGGAGUCUGGCGUCCUGGUCGACAAGGCCACAGCAACCCCAGGGCCAGCCGACAGGCCAGACAAGCCGUCCCCCCCGGACGACAACCUGCCCCAGCCCGACACCAGGAUCACGCUGCUGCACGGGAGCCCCCGGUCCGGCAAGACCCCCUUCUACAUGAUGGCCGACGGCACCGGCACCAUCGCGACCUACAUCCACCUGCCCCCCUUCAAGGACGGGCGGCCCGUCUACGGCGUCGACUCGCCCUUCCUCCGCUGCCCGGCCAGGCUGACGGCCGAGGUCGGCCUGGAGGGCGUGGCGAGGCUCGUCGUCGACGCGCUCGCCAAGCACAACCCCAAGGGCAGCUUCAACAUCGGCGGGUUCUCGGCCGGCAGCGUCGUGGCGUACGAGGUCGCCAGGCAGCUGUCCCGCCUCGGCCGCAGGGUGGAGGGCCUCCUGGUCGUCGACCUGUGCUGCCCGCGCCCCGGCGGCGGCCUGCUGGACGAGGCGACCAUCACCCGGGAGAACGACGUCGGCGUCGCCGUCUUUGGCGCCGCCGUGUCGACGGACAGGCGGUGGGGCCCCGUGGCCGGCAUGCAGGAGCACCUGCGCGCCUACCUCCUCGCCGUCCGCGGGUACCACCCGCCCCCGCUGUCCGCCGGGGGCGAGGCCCCCGCCGCGUCCGCGGCGGUCAUCUGGGCCGAGAAGGGCAUGGUCAGCCGCGUCAGGGGCGACGAGGCGGCGAUGAGGAUGCUCGCCGACGUGGGGAUGCCGACGGAGCCCUACCCGGGCUUCAUGGAGGACCCCAAGAACGGCCCCUUCGCGUGCCUCAUGCCGGACAAGACCGAGGCAGACCUGGGCCCCAACGGCUGGGACAGGUAUGUGGGGGACAUCAUGUGCUUGUCCGUGGACGCCAAUCAUCUCGACCUGCCUAUGCCCGGCACGGUGCAUCUGCUUCAUGAGCAGAUCACCAAGGCGCUGAGUCAUUUCGAAUCCUCGACUUAG